UUGUAGAAGGGGCGAGUUAAUUUACGAUGUCAUUGUAUGAAUCGACUAAUGCAGCUAGAGAUAUGGAGUUGUAAAGAAGGACAAAUAUAUGUUACCAUUAUGAGCGUAGUUAAGCAAAUAGAAAACUUCCAUAUUCUCCUGAAAUGUAGGAUAUUGCAGCAAAUGUAAAGAAGAACACUGCUGUGGAAUGGACGAUGUGGACGAUAUCGCCAUAAUCGGAAUCGGAUGUCGAGUACCUGGAGCCGAUAAUGCUGAAGAAUUCUGGCGAGUUCUGGUUAACGGCGAGAAUCAUAUUAUAGAAGUACCCAAGGACAGGUGGAAUAAUGACACAUUUUACAGCGAAGAUAGAAAUGUGGCUGGGAAAACCUACGUAAAGAAAGCAGGAUUCAUUAAAGGACAUGAUGAGUGGGACAACAAAUUCUUCGGCGUAAGCGACAAUGAAGCUGUCACUGUCGACCCUCAACAAAGACUUGUACUGGACUGUACUCACAUGGCAUUAGAGGAUGCAGGGAUAACUCGACAACAACUGAAAGGCUCUCAGACCGGUGUCUAUAUAGGUGUCAUGAAUGACGAUUAUAAAGGUAUGUCAGGUUUUGAACAUAAAGAGGACAGUAGUUACUCUGCGACAGGAAUGAGCACAACUAUUAUUUCAGCUAGAGUUUCAUACGUAUAUGAUUUACAUGGACCGUGCAUGGUUGUUGAUACGGCAUGUUCUUCGUCAAUGAUGGCUAUACAUCUGGGAAGUCAAGCGAUAAAAUCUGGUGACUGUGAAAUGGCUGUCUGUGGUGGUGUAAGCCUAAUGUUGACGCCCGAUCAGUUUAUGACACUUUGUAAGGCGAAGAUGUUGUCCCCUACCGGCCAAUGUCAGAGUUUCUGCGAUACGGCUGACGGAUAUGCUCGAGGAGAAGGGUGUGGUAUCGUUAUCAUAAAGUCAUACAAGCAGGCGUUACAUGACAGAAAUAAGAUCUGGGGAAUUAUCAAAACCGGAAGUAAUCAAGAUGGACACACAGCACAACCAAUCACAGCUCCUUCUGGUGAGCAGCAAGAAAAACUAAUGAAGAAAGUAUACUCCCAAUACAAUCUGGAUCCCAUCAGUCUUCAGUAUAUAGAGGCACAUGGUACAGGUACUUCGAUUGGAGAUCCCACAGAGAUCAAUGCUAUUGGCAAGUUCAUACAGUCAUAUAGACAGAAACAGCAGCAUGACAAAACGGACACAGAUAUUAAUGACGAAAAUGAAAUUCCAUUGUCAAACAAAGUCAAUAAUACAUCAACCAUAUUAAUUGGAUCUGUAAAGUCUAACAUUGGUCAUCUUGAAUCUGCCGCUGGCAUAGCGGCGCUCAUUAAGGUACUUCUAAUGAUGAAAUAUGGUAAGUUCGUACCAAGCCUACACGUAGAGAAAGAUAAGUCGAACGUCAACAGGAAAAUAAUCUUAGAUGAGCACGGUCUUGAUAUAUCUUUGCAAGUAUCGGAGUGGAACCCAAACAAACAAGGAGACAGGAUUUGUUGCGUAAACUGCUUUGGUUUUGGGGGUUCCAAUACGCAUGCUGUCGUUAUUCAGAAAAGGCUUCCUAUCCAGACAAUACAGAAACCGUAUGAUAACAAUACUGAGAACGCAUAUAAAAUUAUCUCUCUCUCAGAUCUGAACAAAACUUCACUGAAGCGUAAAAUGGAAGUGUUUGCGGAAGAUUUUGAAAUAAGAAAGCAUGAUAUUUCACUAAAUGAUGUAUCGUUUACAUCUGUUUUUCACCGAGACCAUUUUACUUACCGAACAUUAAUUUUCGGAAAAACUGCAGACGAGAUUCUGCAAAAUACAAAGCAGAAAUUGACACAAAUAGAUGAGACUGCGGCAGGGGAAAAGGUACGCAUCAUAUUUGUGUUUUGUGGAGUUGGAACGACCUGGAAAGGAAUGUGUAUGGAGAUGAUGAAAACACAGAGUGUAUUCAAGAAGACCGUUAGUAAUAUUGAUGAAAUACUAAAACCAUUAGCCGGAUCGAGUAUUGCAGAAAUGUUUCAAAACGACACAGACUACAGUGACCCAUUCAUAAACCAUAUUGCAAUUUUUUGCACACAGGUAGCAUUGUUCGAGUUGUGGAAAAGUUGGGGAAUUUGUCCUCAAGCAGUUAUAGGUCAGUCUGUUGGAGAGGUUGCUGCAGCGUAUGCUUCAGGGGCGCUAAAUUUGAAAGAUGCCAUCCAGGUGAUAUACUAUCGAUCAAAGAUUUUAUCGGAAAUGACAGGCGGUAAAAUGAUGGUAGCAGGAAAUAUUUCCGUUGAUACUUUAGAAUCACUUUGUAAAAAGUACAGCCAUCGUGUAAUCAUAGCUGUGUAUAACAGUCCAGUGUCAUGUACACUUUCCGGUGACGAAGAUGCAAUGGAAAAGAUCAAAACAGAUUUGGAGGAAAUGAAUAAAAAGGAAAAUGCAGGAAUAAUGAUCACGCCCCUACCUGUUCAAUGUGCCUAUCACAGCCACCACAUGGAACCCUGUACCAUAAAGAUUGAGAACGAAUUAAAAGGGAUCGAGAAAGGAAAAAGAACUGUAGACCAUUAUUCGACUGUAACAGGGCAGCUUGCUGAGUACGAUGAGUUUCAGACUGGAAAAUAUUGGGCUGAAAACAUUCGAAAGCCGGUCCUAUUUAUGAAUGCCAUUCGUCUGUCUUUAGAUCACAAUGCCACUAAUUUGUUUGUAGAAAUUGGACCAAGACAAGUCGUUCGAGCUCAUUUGAUGAAUAUCUUAGGCGAAAAUGUAAAAGGAAAAACCCUCCCUUCAAUGAACGCAUAUAAAGAAUGCCAAAGUAUUUACUCAUCCUUGAGAAGUCUUUUGGAGCAUGGUGCUGAUAUAAAAUGGGAAAGAGUUGUGCCUCCUGAUGGUAAUAUCGUAUCAAUUCCAAGACAUGUCUUCCAGAAAACAAAACAACUUAAUAUUCCAGAAGGGAAACAACGCCUAUUGAAAGGUAUUACCAAAAGCCCCGAGUCACACCUAUUUAUAAGACAACAUGCUGAUGCUGGCAAAGCAGGCUUUCAACUACAAAUAGACAAAGAGACGUCGCCGUUUGUAUAUGAUCAUUACAUGUAUAACAACGUACUUGUACCUGGUGCAACAUACGUCGAAACUGCGUUCGAGAUUGCUCAUCAAAUGUCACCAUUAAACGUUUAUGAAGUAAGUGUAUCCCUAGAAUUUGUGAAUACACUUAUGCCUAAAAACGAGAAACAGUGUGUGGUAGAUGUCGAAGUAGAAAACAACGAACACAAUGGAUAUCAGUAUUACAUCAGACAAAAUGAGAAAAUGCUUUGUAAAGGGAACAUCACCCCACGUACAGAGCAGGUAAAAAAGAGGUUAAACAUAGAAACAAUAAAAGACAGAUGUAAAAAGCAUAGGACAAGAGAAGAAAACUACGGAUGCUUAAACCAUCUCCAUUUUCAAUACGGAGAAACUCUACGUGUCAUAGACCAGUCAUGGUCGUCUUCGACCGAGUGCAUCGUAGAAUACAGAAUACCGGAAUCUGUCAUGAGACAUAGAAAGGCAACGCAUAUGCAUCCAUCUGUAAUUGAUGGUAUGUUUCAAACUGCUGUUUUACUGGGCACAGCUGGUUUUGAUCGACCAGCCCUACCCAAAGGGGUUGCUUCUUUUGUAAUAAACAGAACCCCCCAGAGUCGUAUGUUUGGAUACACUACACUUGUAAAAUCAUCAUCAACUGGAAACUAUUACAACCUUUUUCUGUUAUGUCCAGAUGGACAGGUUUUAGCGGAAGCUUAUGAUUUCUAUAUCAGAAUAAUGACAGAUGGAUCGGAUAAUCUGCAAAACAUGCAGUACUGUGUGACAUGGCAAGAAACAAAAUUGUUUGCAUUUAUCAGUCAAAGAAAAGAGAAGUUAGCGAAAACCACCGCUACAGUGUUUGCUUCAGAAAGAUUUCUGUCUUUCUACAAACCUUUACCAGACGAAAGUAUGAAUUUCAUUAGUAUCGGAAAAGAGGGUAUGUUCCGUCACGGCUUAAGUAACAUGCACAAGUCGGACGCAGUAAUAUUUGCACCAUUAUACCACAUCGAAGAAACUACGAGGGAUGGUAUAGUUCUAUUUGAAUAUAUCCAAAAGUCAUUUAUGAAUUUGUCUGUUAUUAUCAGUGUCCUGCGGGAACAAGAACUAGAAAUACCGAUUUUUGUAGUAACCGAAAAUGUUAUGGGUCGUCAUCAAAAGACAACAAAUGUUUGUGGAGCAGAAUUAUGGGGUAUGGUCAGAUCGGCAGUCGCCGAGGGAGCUUAUAGGGAAAUCAAGCUGAUUGAUAUGACAUUUACUGGAGAGAAUACAGGCCUGUUGCAUACAAUCCUGAAACAUGUUACACUUGUUGGCAAUGAAUAUUUGAUAGAAAAUGGAAAGGUUUACCAUUCUGUGAUCACAGAAACAAAUGAUCAGGAACUUUUAACACGGAGGGAAAUACACCCUGUAAUGACAGAGAAAGUUGUUCUCAAGUCGUUAUCUCCACGCUGUAUUAAACAUCCAUACUUAGACAUGAGAUCAUCAGAAGAUGCUGAAAUGCAAAUACCUAAGCCGUGUAAAAUCCGUUUGAAAGAAUUAUGUCUCCAUGAUUCUUCACUAUUUCUUUUUUCACCGAAAUUAGCCAGUGAUGACGAAAAUAUCAUUACCGAAGAAAAAAGUGGAUAUCCAGUCAUAUGUAUUGAAGGUGUUGGAAGCAAAUACUGCUGUAGCAAACCCAGUGCCAACCAAAAUAAUACUGGGUUUUGUUUUCCUGUGUGCGUAUCGGCUGUUAUCUCAGUUCCUUUAAAAUGUAGUUUUGAUAUUGACGACUUGCAAUUCUAUGUCCCAGGAAUGAUUACUGUUGGAGUAAUACUCUUGAAUAUUGUUGAUACCUGCAAGAAUUCCUCUAGUGUAACUUGUAUUGUUGACGAUGAGUCGAGACUCUGUGUGCAACUGUUGAAGCAUUUGUUCUCUACAAGGACAUCAACUUCACUGAUUAUUGAAACUUCCGACGAAUUUGCUGACCGUUUCAAAAAUGGUCCUCAGAACAUACGGACUGUCAUUAUUCUAGCAAAACUUACUUGUGACAAGUUAGAGGCGAUCACAAAACGAUUUUCGGUACUACAAAGAAUUGUUAGCAUGGAAUGUUUCUUUUCUAAGGAACAGAAAAUGCUGAUGAAAUUAAGGAGAGAAAAUAUUUUACUUCAUAUUCUAAAGGCAGAGGACAUGUUUUCACUUUCUGAAUUGACAGAAAAAGUACCAAAAGUUUAUAGCAGCUUUAAAUCUAUUGAAAAAAAUGCUGUAUAUUGCUUUGAGCAGCCUGAGCCGGGAGACACCAAUAACAGAGAAAAAGGUAUAUUUUGCCUUCCAUAUUCGGUCUUUAUACUUCGAGACGACGAUGGAAAAGCUUCUGUUCCCUUGAAAGUAUCUGAAGAAAAUGUAUUCAGGACAAAUGGUUGUUACAUUGUCGUUGGAGGUCUUACAGGACUAGGAUGGGAGCUUGUCCAGUUGAUUGCAAGUCUCGGCGCAAAGUACAUCGCUACACUAUCAAGACGUCUUCCAGACAAAGACAGGGAAAAUGAAAUAGAGAAGGUUGUGAAAUUAUACUCCUGUCAAAUCAUACCCAUACAAGUUGAUAUAACCGAUUUGAAACAACUGAAGAAAGGAAUGGAAAAUCUUAGGAACAUAAUUGGCAGAGAUAUCAAUAUAAGAGGGGUACUCCACGGGGGAGGAGUAACGUGCGACAAAUAUUUGAAAAAUAUGUCCGAAACAGAUGUUAAAAAGGUGCUAUUACCUAAGGUGUUAGGUACAUGGAAUCUACAUUAUGUAACAUUAAGUAUGCCACUUGAUUUCUUCAUAAUGCACUCAUCUGUAGUUUCUGUCUUUGGUAACCAAGGACAAUGCAAUUAUGCUGCAGGAAACUCGUUCCAAGAUUCUUUUGCUCAUUAUCGCCGAGGUUUGGGAUUGUGUGGACAGAGUAUUAAUUGGAGUACUUUGUCUCUUGGUAUGGCAAUGGAGAACACAGAGUUGCAAAACUACCUACGAAUCCAAGGAUUCUACUUUUUAAGUAUCGAAGAAAUAAAGAUUUGUUUCAUGCAGGCGGUGAUGAAAAAUCAAGUACAGGUAAUGUUUGGAAAGUUCGACUGGCUCAAGAUGCAGGAGAAUCCAAUCGUGGGUACGAAUCCUACAAAAUUUCGAGAAAUAUUGAAGAAGUUACCUACCGCUACAAGAAAAAAUAAGGAAACUGAUACGAAUUUUACUUUAUGCGAUUUUGACAACAGAAACUCAAAGGAGCAAGAACAGAUAGUUUACAAUCUGGUGAAGUCCAAAAUUGUGGAAGCAUUUGUGGUAGAUGAAAGUACAUUGUGUGAAAGUACAACAAUUGUAAACCUGGGUAUUGAUUCAAUGGCUGCCAUGAACUUUUCAAGUUCUGUCUUUGAUGAAACCAAUGUAAGAAUUCCUAUUGAAAUUCUGUUUGUUGAGUCAACCUCUCUAGGAGUUCUAAUGCGUUAUAUACUUACUCGUAUUCAAAUGAGAACAGAUUUGGGUCACAACAAAACAGAGCAAGCUGAUGAAAACCUUCAAAAGUAUUUACAAGGAAAUGUUACUUUUAUGCAGAAAAGCUUGAUGGAUGAUUUUGUAAAAGAUCCGUUCAGUCGAAAUAUUCUGAGACAGGCUGACUUCGAAAUAAAAGGAGUUUUUCUAAAGAAACGUGACUGGAAAGUUGUGGUGAACCAUCUGAUUAAAAUAAAUCCUGACCUUCGUCGUAUUUAUAACAUAAACGGAAAUGGAUCAUAUCAGUCCGCCUUACUUGAUGGUCAGUUAGUCGAUAUAGAUAUAGAAGAGGUGGAAUUCAACAGUAUAUGUACAGAAAAUGCUGAAGAUGAAAGGGACAAAAUGCAUAUGGACAUAACGAAAGAGUUGCCCAUCCGAGUUUUGAUCGCAUUUGAAAAAGGAACAGUUCGUGUCCGAAUGUUCGUCCAUGCUGUUGUAGGAGAUUUGUCGGGAAUAAUAAUUCUUUUUCGGGAAAUCAGUGAUAUUGCCACAUGUUAUAUACAGCAUAGAGAAUUGCCUGUAAAAGACGAAAGCAUUGUACCCGCAGAAGUUGUACGAAAAGCAAUUUUGCCACGCAUGAGUACUCUUAAAACAUUCUGGAAAGUUCAACUGAAACAAAACAUAAAGCCGUUUACACUUGCUGACGACAUAAACAUGGAACUAGACGAACAACAUUGGGAAAAUGAAUCCCAAAAGCUACCACCAAACCUCGUACAUGAAAUAAUGGAUUACAUCAAAGCAGAAGGAGUUUCAAUGUAUCACUUUGUCAUAUCUAUAUACAUGAUUCUCCUGCACGAAAAGACCGGGAAAUAUUUGAUACCUGUGGUCACUAAUACUGAUAUGAGAGGUCACGUACCACAGCUUAAAUCUGUCAUAACAAGGUGUUCAAAUGCGAUACCAAUCAUCGGCGACUUGAGGGAGAUGAGUACUGUAUCGGUAUAUGUCAAGAAAAGCUCUGCUCACUUAAACAAAAUGACACAACAUGGUGCAUACCCAUAUGAGCUUAUAGAAAAAGAAAUGCAGUCAAAGGAACUGGUGAAGCACAUUGGACGACACAGACUCAUUAUGGAGAAUAUGACAAACCUGAAUGCUUCAUUCGAACGUGAAGGUAUUGAAAUAAGAUUAGGAAAAUUUUAUUACAAGAGACAUGUCUACGAAACAACAUUGCACAUAGUGUAUGACACGCAACAAAAUGUCGUCAUUUUAGAGUUUGGAUAUAACGGGAAAGCAAUCACAAAAAGUAAUGCAAGACAGAUGCUUGAUCGGAUGCUUGAUCUGAUGUGGAAAUUUAUAGAGUUUCCACAAGAAGAAGUAAAGUCAUUUCUUGACAAUUCAAACAGUGUUGUCAAAAGUCAUAUUUUGAAAGACGAUAGCUCAAGACACGUCAGUUGUUUGGCGAAUGAUAAACUGAGAAAAACAGAUAACACCGAAAGUAUAUGGAAGGAAAAGCAAUCACAAUGCAGUCGAACCAACCAAAAUGUCAUACGAGAGGAUGUAUUCACAAAACAAACGAAACAAGGAUGGGAGCAUUCGGUGAAGUUAAAGCUAGUGAAACAUGUAUUCAGCGAAAACAAUGCUGUUUUGCAGCUGAUUUGGGGACGAGGGAAGAAGAAAAAGACUUUGUAUGGCCACAAUAUUUCUGAAGUUGAAAUCAAGAGAUUAAAUGGAAUGAUUUAUAUCCUGGUGAAAACCCUUGAAGACGUGGUUAUUUUCAAAACUUCAAGCCAUUCCAAAGCCAAAGACUGGUUAGCAACAUUUAAACAGAUGGACGAGGAAAUAAAAACGUUCAACAAUCAGCAGAUGCUGUGUCGUCUCUGAAUAUUCAGAUGUAUACAUGUAUUAUAACUUCAUAUAAAUGAAGUGUACUAGCUAUUCAGAUGUAUAAGAGUACAUAAAGAAGAGCUAUUUAUAGUAGAGGAUAUUUUUUUAUUUAAGCAUGAGCUCAACAUAUCUUUUCUUGAAUGCAUUAUUGUUUCAGCCUUGUUUCAUAAGAGUGAAAUAUAUAUUUGAUUUACCUGAGUUACAAGUAUUUCGUUUAUAUCAUGUCAUUUCAAUUGUAGAAAUCAAAUUUCAAACUUCGCUGGAGCUCAUUUUUAUACUGAUGCUUUUUUUUUUAUCUUAUACUAUUUGUAAACACGAAUAAGAUUAUCACAAAAUAAUUUCGUCUUAUAAAAAUUUUACAUCAAUAGUUAACAUAUACUGCAUGUGUGGCUUUUACCGUUUUAAGAUAAGGUGGGCGCCUGUCCGAGCCUGAAACAGGGCCCACCCGAAGGGGCACCUGACCUCUUCCCCUACCAAAAGCUUGAAAGUUAUAUAACCAGUUAUAUAACUGUGUCGAUGUGAAGGUAAAAAACACACACACACAAAAGCAAACAAACAAACAUACAUACACAUUUUAAAGUAUCUUGAU